AUGGCACUGGAUACUGAUCAUCACCAUUUCAGUCCUAUGCCGCGUGAGCUGAGAAAGAACGCUGAUAAAUACGACGGACAAAACAAUUUACUUUCCGCCAGUCCUAGUAGAUUUUCUUCCCCAGAUAACAACUAUAUAUUGAUGCCAUCCGCAGGUACUGUGAGGUCGUUGAAAUUUUCCAUUGAAAAUAUUUUAUCUCCAGACUUUGGUAGGGGGGCCAAGGAACGACUUAACACUUCUAUCGAUAACCCUUCUUCGGCCGGACCGAAGAGAGUGGUUAUCAUACCUCGAGGACCCCUAACCAAACAUGUAGAGACGACUGUGCCCACUUUUCCAACCUCAAAAAAGAGGACCAGUAUUGAGGGCACCUCACCUCCACCUCAGCAAAAACUCUGGCCAGCAUGGGUCUUCUGUACCCGGUACUCAGACAGACCAUCUUCAG